GAAAGUAAUUUCCAAUUAAACCUCUUUCAAUAUUGUCAUAUAUAGGCUCUACCCUUUAACAUUGUAAAUAACACAGACACUCGAGAGAACCAUCACGCAAACUAAGACUCAUCGACAAUGGACUUGUCUACGUACUUUGAUACUCGUCUCAAGUUUCGAGUGCAUAUUACACAGUUAUGUUUAAUUAUAUUGGUGAUUAUUCUAUCCAUUGCCUCUAUCGCUAUGAAAGAUCCGCCCCCACAAAGAGCACACAUAAUGGGAGUUGCUAUCGGUCUCAAAUCCAUCGUAUUUAUUAUUUACCAAGUCCUUACAGAACAUAACUUGAAACUCCAGAAAUGGGCCAAUAAAAAGACCAACCUCAUACUCAACUGCGUCGAUAUACCAUUUUGGGCCGUCAUGAUGGGUCUAUUACUAUCCACAAACGCGAAUGUUUGUGUGGAUGGAUCAUGCGCAGUUAGCUGGAUUAUGGCGUUGCUGGCAAUCGCUCUCUUUAUACUUACCUUCUGGGCAGCCAUUGCGUCUUACUUCGAGUAUCGAUACUUAAGCAGGAAAACUAUUCAAGAUACUAGUUAUGUGCGACACUAUUACUGAAAUUGUCUCACAUCUGUGAUGAAUUGGUGACGAGGUUACGAG